AUGCUGCUAUUCCUUGUCAUUAAAUAUUUCAUUGCUCUAAUAGCAGUAAUAUUAUUAUCAAUUGCUGAAACAAAUGCACAGUGGGAUUUUAAUAUAUUUUCUUACAACAAUUGGGCAGGCGCCCGUUCGUUGAACAAUAAUCCAGUGCUUGAUGAUCGAGCUCCACCACCACCUGCAGCACAAGCAGCUCCAGCACCAGCUCAAAGAGCACCGGAUCCUCUUGGUUCAUUACCUUCUGCACUUCUUUUGACUUUGCUUGCAAGCAGAUUGACUGAUGGAGGUUCCCCAUAUCCUCAAUAUCCUUACUACAGUGGAUACGGUGGAUAUUAUCCGUAUUAUUAUUACUAUGGUCACUACCCAUACUACUACUACUAUUAUUAUGGUUAA